UGCCAUCAAUUUUCUUUGUGUAGACUUUCGCAUUUAUGUUAAUCCCGGUGAAAUUAGCAAUUGCUUAGUGUUGGUAAAUCAGGUCACUGGAAAACAGCUUGAACUAAUUCGCUUUAGUAUAGUCGCAUUCAGAGUUGUAGCACCACGAUCGCUGCGAGAUUCAACAUUGAUUAUUUAGAGCGAAAAUAGUUUCCUGACCUUUGUUAAUCUGGCUAAAAUCAAGACCACUAAAAGAGAAGAAGAAGAAGUAUCCUAGGAACAACACAAGGUUAGCACAUAGAAAAACAUGAUCUAAAAAAUUCAAUUCAUCGACGUACGUCAUUCAUGACCGUAUGCAAAUGAAUGACAGAUCCGCUCGUGAUUGGUCAUUUCCCGAAGAGUCGAACACACUAACACUUCAGGAGGACGUUCGUGAGAUACGAGUAUCAUUUCAACGUAUAAUAUUCACUGCUCGGCAGUACGGUUGACUGUCAGGUGAUGUUCCGUGGAGCAUUCAAAAAUCUCAGUAGUAUUGUGCACAAAGGAACGAUCAUUAUGGAGAGAGAUUAUAUAUCACAAGUAGCACCAUUGCAGAGAGCUGCCUUGAAGGAGCGCUGCAUUCUUGUGGAUAAACUGGAUAGACCCAUUGGUGAAGCAACCAAGGAAGCCUGUCAUGAGCUUAAUGCAGAGGGAACUGUUCCCCUUCAUAGAGCAUUUAGUAUUUUUCUGUUCAAUAGUAAAGGAGAGUUGUUGCUUCAGAAACGGUCAAGUAACAAGAUAACAUUCCCAGAUCACUAUACAAAUACAUGCUGUAGUCAUCCAUUAGCGGAGAUUCCUAAUGAAAUGGAAGAAGAAGAUGCUAUAGGUGUACGCAGAGCUGCAAUAAGAAGGCUUAAUUACGAGUUGGGUAUACCUAGUAACGAAAUUAAACCUUCUGACUUUUUUUAUUUGACAAGAAUUCGUUAUCAAGCACCUAGUAAUGAUCACUGGGGCGAACAUGAGAUCGAUUACAUUCUGUUUUUACAAAGAGAUGAUAUUACCAUAGAUCCCAAUCCCGAUGAAGUGAGCGAGAUUCGAUGGGUAUCUCGAUCGGAGAUUGAGAAUUUUAUGAAGACCACAUCACUUCUAACACCAUGGUUCCGUCUAAUAUAUAAAUUUAAGCUGUUGCAAUGGUGGGAUAAUCUACAUAGCUUAAAUAAGUUUCAAGAUCAUGAGAAUGUAACAUAUUUGUCAGAUUGACUUAUGUGCAAAUAUAACCAAAGCGAAACUAUCGAGCUAUAUCGAAUACAUAAUUUUUCGAAUAAAUGAUUUUUAUAAUUUAUAUUUGAAGGUCAAAAUAAUGGAUAUUUAAAUUUUUGUGUAUCUUAUGUAUUUUUAAUACAUUUUAUAUAUAUGUAUAUGUCGCGCGGUAUUUGAUAACAUUUUUGAAUGUAUAGGGGAUAUGGAAUUUUGAUCCAACCUAGUCAUUUUUAGACUUUUGUAAAAGGAUUUAUUCUUAUGAUAGGUAUUGCAAUUUAAGCAUUUAUUGUUGCGAAGCGUGCAUAUGUUUUAUUAAACGUCAUGUACGAAGACAAUAUGGGCAAAUAAAUUUAUUAUCAUAA